GCAAGUGGUGUGUGUGUGUAAGAUUCGGCGUUCCUGUGUGUCUGUUUUUUCUCUGUUUUCCCCGAGGCCCUGCGUCCGACAACCAAGCGCAGGUCUCCCUGUGUGAAUGCUCUCUCGGGGAAAGGAAAAACGAAACGACGCUAAAAAAGCAGAACAGACAUUUCUUCCGAGCCGCCGACGCUUCGCAAAAUCGUCUCUCGCACUCCUUCAGAAACUUGAAAGCCAUCGGCUUGAGAAGGUUCGUGGGCGCAGGAGCUGUUCCCAGGCCAGACUCGGCGCGAGGUUUUUAAACGUCUCUGUCGCGCGUCUUCUCUCUCAGGCUUUCUCUCUCCUGUGUUCUCAACGUCCAUCUGGUCGGCACUCGGACAACAACGCAGCGUUGCUCUUCUUCUCUGAACACUGUCCUCUGCUCUCCUUCGUUCUCCACUCGCUCUGCACUCUUUUUCUUCUCCGUCUUGCCUCUCCCUGUCUCCCUGUCUCCUCGUGAGUCACCCACUGGGGUCUCUGCGCCUCUGGCUUCCUGCCAGUCGCCGCCUCCGCUCGUCCUCGUCUCUUUGUCUCCUAGCCUCUACGCGAAAGCCGCCAUGGCCUCUGCUCCUGCGGGCGCAGGUCUCUGGGGCGUCGACUUCAGCCAGACGCUCCUGAUCUUUGUGCUGGGCCUCGCCGUCGGUCUCUUCUCAGAGGUCGUCAGCUACUUCCUCCUCUACCGCCACGAAGCAUUUCAUAAGCUCCAAGACGAAUGCAAAAAGCUCUGCAGAGAGCUCGACGCUCUCGAGGCCGUUUGCGGGAGCGACGCGUCUGGGAAGCGCUCUGGGCGAAGCAGCAAAGCCGCUGAACAAGUCGAGAAAAAAAUUCAGCGGAAGACCAAGCAGCUGGCGUCGUACCGCCAGAAGGGGAACUUGAUGAUUGGAGCGUUGCUGAUGGUUUCCAUGCCCUUGGUCUACUCCUCCUUCGACGACUCGCCAGCUGCGUAUCUGCCUUUCCACCCUGUCUUCCCCUUCACGAUGAUUUUGCGCUACUCGCCGUCGAGUCCGGCGGACGAAGAGCGCAGCGCUGUCCCCCCAGGAGCUUCGCUCUGCACAGCUGCAGGCCUCUUCAUGCUCACCAUGAUGUCCACGCGUGUCUCACUGCAGAAACUGUUUGGGGUCGCGAAUCUGAGUCGCAAUGCCUCCCAGCCGCAAAUGUUCUAAAGCGCUCGAGGCUUUCUGCCUGGACGUCGGUUCUUCGAUCUGCUUUGGAGUUUUUCAAGACUCUCUCAGAGAGGCCUUCUUCAGAAGGGUACUGCCCGGACUGAGGGAUCAUUGGCAGCAUGAAGAAGCAGUUUGCAUGCGAUUCAAAACAGUGCAUAUUCCACCUGCCUGUGUCUUGUGUCGGCUUUUGGAGGUUGCCGGGAUGAAUUGUGUGUCUGCGUGAAGAGACCGGAGUGGAAAGGAACGGGAUGCUUCUGGCAGCGACGGUUCAAUGUGUAAACAAAGAACUCUUCAACCUCAAGUGAAAACUCGAGGAAGUAUACAUACGUCGUACACGGAUUUGUGAUGCUGGAGACGAAAUGAGUCAAGAGGGAGAAGCGUGACUCGUGCAUGCGUUCCUCGCACUCCGCUCCUCACGUCCUCUGUCUCCCUGUGUCCUUGAAUAGAGCCGCCGUUGCGUUUUCUGACCCGCUGGGCAUUUUCGUCGUUCUCAAUGUGCAUGCCGAAUGCGCCUCAUUUAUUUGUGGCUUUUGACGUGUGACGCAAAAGAGAUUGGCGUUUUUCUUGAAUUCAGAGGAGAUCCUAAGUUUUCUUGACAUGCGCUGCUUCAGUUCGUUUCUCAUUUUUCGGGGCCGUUCACCACAUCUCUCCGUCCUUGAGUUUGUCUGUCCCUGGCAUUUCCGUGUGGUUGUUUUUUCUCCUCUCUGUCUCGGAACCUUCUUCUUUGCCGUUCCGUCGUCUUCCCUCCGGCAUCUCCGGAGUCGUUUGUGCCAGCCUCGUACCUUUUCUCCUUCGAAUCCUUUCCUCCCUCAACUGGCAUGGUCGCGGCCCUUCGAUGUGUGCUUUUUCGACGUUCCUCUGCCGUGCGAAGCUGCUCGCUUUUCGUUUAGUGACGGCGAGAAAAACGAACGCGAGACACGCAGGAGAAUAGCUGGCGGCAGUAUGUUGACAGGCGGGAUUUCUCACCCGGGCUCGUGUUCACGUACACCACACUCCCUGGCAUGUGUAUGCAAGCUGUACCAAUGCCACAGGAUUCACUGUGCUUGUCUUUUUUCUUUCCCACUGUUCGUCUGUACAGAAGACACAAAGACUGCUGUGCUUCUGUUCACGUACUUGUGUCAUCAGCUGCGACAAAGCCACACAGACUUUUGCACUGAGUUCCGCAAGUCGGUGCACCCGACUCAACGGCG